AUGACAUUGUUGUCCAGAUUCGCCAUCGCUGGCGUUCUCUUCCCUCUCGCAAUCUAUUCUGCCGGUGCGCUCAUCAUCAUCUUUGUCCUCGGAUGUGCUGUCUAUGUCUGCAUCACAUCAUUCCGCCAGCUCGUGCGCCGAUGCUAUCGGAAGCUCAAACUUCUCUACUGGCCAGAAAAGGCCUUCAACUUCCUCGGUCUACCACCAGAGAUUCGUCUGAUGAUCUAUGCCUACACUCUUCCUCAUGAUAGGAUCUACUACAUGACUGCCCGCAAGCUGAGAGAACUUCCUCGCCAACCAUAUGAAGACGCGUACUACGAAGUCUCUCAACCUUUACCGUCUCUCCUCCGCGUUUGUCGUCUCGUGCGUCGAGAGCUAGUCCCAAUUGUUCAGUGGGGAUGCUCGUUCUACAUCACGAUCUACUCGAUACCAGAUCUGCUCUACACGCUGGAACUUCUCGAAAAAUACUCUUCAUUGCAGCUUACUCAUUCCAUGAGGCUCUUCUCCUUGACAAGACACAUCCAUAUAAGAAUCAAGGAUCUCAUACUGGAUCUUCAACCAAUGUGUAUGUUCAGGGACAACACGCUGGACAAGCAGUUCUUGAACAAAAUGUUACCAUGGUACCAGCGUCGUCGUAAACACCUUACCUCCCCUGUCUAA